UGUAACACACGGUCAGAUAAAGUACACACUGUGAAAAAUAUUAAAUAAAUGGUACUGUAAUUUGUAAAAUUGUAGCAAAUGAUCCACAGUCGCUAAUAAUGACGGAAUCAAUUGUAUUCUUCCCCCGGAACUAUACGUUACGACCUCCAGGGUGUCCCGGGGAUGCAUUUUGACGUACCCAAGAAUGAUUUGUGAGAUUUAAACAUUUUUCAUUUCUGCAGAGUUUCUGUCGUCUUGGGGAAGCGUUUCUCCAGCAUGGCUCAAGCUUCCCCUGACUGAAGAAGAAGCUCGGGAAGUAAGCAUAUAUUAGAGAUGUCUGUCAGAGGCUUGCAGGCUUUUACCAGGAUGAUUUGGUGGAAGCACUUACUCGCUGCGGGGCUGCAGGGCUGCAGAUGUGGACCGAGCUCUCAAGUAAAGAGACAUUACAAGCUUCUUCCAGAUGAUGUCAAAUCGUUGCGGGCUGUCGUCAGCCCUGAAAUAUCCAGAAUCCGAAACAUCGGCAUCAUGGCCCACAUCGACGCAGGGAAGACAACAACCACAGAGAGGAUGCUUUACUACGCCGGUUAUACCAGGGCAUUGGGAGAUGUAGAUGACGGGGAUACUGUGACAGAUUUUAUGGCUCAAGAGCGGGAGCGUGGCAUCACCAUACAGUCAGCAGCGGUGACAUUUGACUGGAAAAAUCAUAGAAUAAAUCUCAUAGACACCCCAGGACACGUUGAUUUCACUCUUGAGGUGGAGCGUGCGCUUCGUGUUCUCGACGGCGCUGUGGCAGUGUUUGAUGCGUCCGCUGGUGUUGAGGCUCAGACUCUGACUGUGUGGAGACAAGCAGAGAAGCACCACGUCCCCUGUGUUUGUUUCCUCAAUAAGAUGGACAAGCCUGCAGCAAACCUGAGUUUCUCCAUUGAGAGCAUCAAGCAGAAAUUGAAAGCCAAUCCAGUUCUCCUGCAGAUUCCCGUCGGCAUAGGCAAGAACUUCACGGGUGUGGUUGACUUGUUAACCAACCAGAAACUGAUAUGGAAGAUGAAAUCUACGAGAGAUGAUGGACGAGUGUUUGAAGUGAAAGGUCUCGAGCAGUCCGACGAUCCAGAACUUCUGCAGGUGGUCCGCGAUGCGAGGGCAGCUUUAAUUGAGCAGGUUGCUGAUCUGGACGAUGAGUUCGCAGAACUGUUGCUAACUGAUUGUAGUGACAAUUUUGAUGUUGUUCCCUCUAAUAAACUACAAGAGGCUGUGCGGCGAGUCACUCUCGCCCGUAAAGGUGUCCCUGUCCUCUGUGGGAGCUCUUUGAGAAACAAAGGUGUUCAGCCUCUUUUAGAUGCCAUCACUGCCUACCUGCCUGCUCCCAACGAACGGCACCAUGACCUGGUGCAGUGGUACAAAGAUGACUUGUGUGCACUGGCCUUCAAGGUUCUUCAUGACAAGCAGCGAGGCCCUCUGGUGUUUCUUAGGAUCUACUCUGGUACUCUGAAACCACAGACCGCUGUCCACAACAUCAACAGGAACACCACCGAGAGGAUGAGCAGGCUGCUGGUGCCAUUUGCGGAUCAGCAUGUAGAAAUCCCUUCGAUGACAGCAGGAAACAUUGCACUAACUGUGGGACUCAAGCAGACAGUCACAGGAGACACGAUUGUUUCCUCGAAGGCCUCGGCAGCAGCCGCGGCCCGCCGAGCCCAAAAUGAGGGCGAGGCAGGAAAGAAGCGGAAAGAAAGUGCCAGCGUCCUCCUCUCUGGAGUGGAGGUCCCUGAUCCCGUCUUCUUCUGCACCAUAGAACCACCCUCUAUGACCAAACAGGCUGUUCUUGAUCACGCACUCAGCUGCCUCCAAAGAGAAGACCCCAGUCUUAAAGUUCGAGUUGACCCUGACUCUGGCCAGACCAUUUUAUGCGGGAUGGGAGAGCUGCACAUUGAGAUCAUCCACGAUCGAAUCAGGAGAGAGCACGGCAUUGAGACUCACCUCGGGCCGCUACAGGUGGCUUACAGAGAGACAAUUCUUCACGAAGCUUCAACUACAGAUACGCUGGACCGGACAGUAGGGGAGAGGAGACACGUUGUAACGGUGGAGCUGGCUGUCAGGCCUGUGGAUAUCGCCACUGUGGGCGGUUCAUGUGAACUGGCUUUCAAAGAAGAAUUAGAGGGACAGCUUUCACCAGAAAUGAAAGAGGCAGUUGAGAAUGGAGUACACAGCUCAUUUCUUCAAGGUCCACUGCUGGGUUACCCUUUGCAGGGCGUAUCUACACUCAUCCAACAUGUUACCAUGGAACCUGGAACAUCGCCUGCCAUGGUGUCUGCCUGCGUAUCUCGCUGCAUGCUGAAGGCCCUGAGGCUUGCGGGUGGGCAGGUCCUGGAGCCGGUCAUGUCAUUAGAGGUGACCGUCGGCGAGGAACACCUCAGCUCUGUGCUGGGGGACUUGGCCCAAAGACGAGGAACAGUCAGAGACAUCCAGAGCCGUCAUGACAACAAGGUGCUGUUAGCAACCGUGCCCCUGGCUGAGAUGAUGGGUUAUUCCACUGUUCUACGAACACUGACAUCUGGCAAUGCCACCUUCUCCCUGGAGCUGGAUACCUAUGAGGCCAUGAACCCUCAGGAGCAGAACACCCUCCUGAAAAGACUGUCUGGCCUGCUGUGAUCCCUCUUCAGUAAUGGGACUAAAGCCCUUCUGAAAGAGACAUGAAUUUUCCCUCAGACUACCAAUAAGUAGUCUAAAUCAAAUAUUAUUUAUUCUGUGAAUAUCUACAGCUGGUUAAAAGGUGACAAAUAAAU